GAUUUGAGCGGGCGCGCGGAGCGUUCGUGAUCAGUUGUCGAGUCGGAGCCGAGGGCGCACGUCGGGUCGCCGGAUUGCUCGGAGGAAGAACAUAAACUGAAUGGGCUGGUAAGAAAACAUUGUCAAAAAUGCCCCUUUUUGGCAAAAUUAUAGUAAUCAAGCGUACUGGAGCAGAUGGAUACAAUUUUCCUUUGACAUCAUCUUCAUGUUUAUUUGGAAGGAAGUCAGAAUGUGACAUACGUAUCCAGUUACCUCAUGUUUCAAAAGAACAUUGUAAGCUUGAAGUGAAUGAAAAUAAUGAGGUUAUUCUAACUAAUUUGAGUGAAGUGAAUCAAACACUGUUAAAUGGUAAAAUUAUUCAACAUUCGGAAAGACUGAAACAUCGUGAUACAUUUACUGUUAUUGAUCGUUCUUUCAGAUUUGAAUAUCCUUUGGAUUCGGUGCACAACACUAGCCCAAGGAAAAAACGGAAUUCAUUAACCUUGAAGAAUGAAACUCUACAAGUUCUUCAUGUUCAACAGGGAGUAGAUGGUGAUUCACAACCUUCCAUUAAUGAUCAGUCGUCUUCGAGUGAACAUAAACCUGAUAAGAUAAAAGUGGAUAAAGGCUUAAGAGUAUCAACAAAAUCUCCAAAGGUUACCCCAAAUGAAAGGGAAGAUCCUGGUUUACAGAACCAGCACAGAAGAAGUUUCACAAAGCUACUUAAUGAUGAGAAACCUACAGAUUCAGAAAAUUUAUCACCUUUUACCAAACUUUAUGAAAUGGUCAAGCAGCAGGCCACAAAAUCAAUUCAGACUAAAUCAAACAAAUGUGAUAUGUCUGAAUCAGUUGAAGAAAACAGUGCAGACUUGAUAAAGCAAACAUGCAUUCCAGCAAAGCAAUCCAAUGUCACAAUUUCUCAAAAUGGUAAAAGCCUUCGGGCAUCAGCAAAUGGGCGAAUGAAUAAUAUUAGACUGGAAGAGAAAAUGAUGGCAAAAGCAGAUGAAAAUAAAGGAAUGAGGGAAUUGAAUCCUCUACUAAUUGAAGAUUUUACAAAUGUAGCCUUCUCAGCAUCAACUGCUGACAUAAACACUCCUAAGAAAAACAAAAUGGAGGUAAACAAAUUCACAGAACAGCCAACUUCUGUUGCAAAGGUUACACCAACAACAUCCUUAACAAAGGGUGCAAAAGGGAAAGAGCUAAGUAAUGAUCAGGCAACUAAGGAAACACCGAAAGGAAAACACAAGAGCCAAUUUAUGAAUCGCAAGUCAUUAACUUUAGGUGCAGCUCCAAAGAAUUUUGAAGAUAUUCUUGAACCGUCCGUGGAAAAAGACCCAGAUUUGGUUGAAAAGUCAGUGCAAAGCAAAAAUGUGGAAGGUGCAAAUGUUAAAUCUGAACCAGCUGAAUCUAACAGGUUUUCAGAGCCUUCAGUUGUGAAAUCUGGGGUGGAAAAUAAUUUAGUUCAUACAGAAUGUACACCCAUCAAAAAAGAUGAAGAAGAUGUUUAUACUCCCAAAAGGCGAGGCAGAGCAGCAAUUGGUAAUAAAAACGUGGGUGAUGCAGAUAUUGAGUCCAAGCAAGUUCCAAAUAUUUUGGAAUCUUCACUUGCAAGAUUAGGCAUGGAAAGUAAUAAAGUCAACUUGGGACUUAUGUCCAUUAAAAUAGAUGAGAAGAUUGACACAACCAAAAGACGAAGCCGGUCAUCAUUGCGCAAUAAAAACAUGGAAAGUGCAGAUAUUGAUUCAAAGCCAGUUGAAUCGACAAAUGUUUUGGAAUCUUCAGUUACAAAAUUGGGAAUGGAAAAUGAUAGCAACAACAAGGGACUCAUGCCAGUUAAAACGUACAAGGGAAAGGCUGACACUCCCAAAAGGCAAAACCGGUCAUCAUUACAUAAUAAUAAUGUGGGUGGUGCAAAUAUUGAUUCCAAGCAAGCUGAAUCAACAAAUGUUUUGGAAUCAUCAGUUGAAAAGUCAAACAUUGAAAGUAAUACGGUCAACUUGGGACUCAUACCAGUUAAUAUAGGUGAGAAAGCUGACACCUCCAAAAGACGAAGCCAAUCAUCAUUAUCUAUUAAGAAUGUGGAUAGUGCAAAUAUUGAUCCAAAGCAAGUUGGAUUGACAAAUGUUUUGGAUUCUUCAGUUGCAAAAUCGGGAACAGAAAAUGAUAAAGCUAACAAGGGACUUAAGACAGUUAAAAUGGGUGAGGAAAAGGGUGACACCUCUAAAAUGCGAAGACGAUCAUCAUUACAUAAUAAAAAUGUGGGUGGUAAAAAUAAUGAAGCUACAAAUGUGGAAUCUUCAGCUGAACUUGUACAAGAGGAAGAUAAUUCUGUUGAUAUGAGCUUCAUGGCAAUUAAUAUAGGCGAGAGAACGGUUAACACUACCAAAAGAAGUGGCAGACUAUCAUUGCGUAACAAAAAUGUGGAAGCUGCAGCUGAUCAAUUAGUGCAAAGUGAAAUUACACAUGAUUCAAAAUACUUAACUGCACAGUCAGAAGUGGAAAAUAAUUCGGCUGAUGUGGGUCGCACUGCAGCUAGAAUAGAUGAAGGAAAGGUUGAUACUCCCAAAAGACAUGGCAGAUCAUCUUUACGUGAUAAAAUGGAAGCAACAGAUAUUCACUCAGAGCAAACUGAAUUGACAAAUGUUUCAGAACCUUCAACUGCAAAAUCCUGUGGAGAAAUUAAAUUGGUCAACAUGGGAUGCAUCCAAGAUAAAACAAGUGAAGAUAAGACACCCAAAAGGCGUGGUAGACCAUCAUUACAUGACAAAAAUGUGGGAGCUGUAGAUGCUCAAGGAGGGCAGGCGGUAAAAUCUGAGUCUGAAGAUAAAUUGUUAGAAAAACAGCCUGUUGACACCCCCAGAAAUCAAGGUAGAUCAUCACUACGUAAAGAGAAUAUGCAAACUACAGAGGUUUCACAUCCUUUAUCCAAGUCAUCUACACUGAGAGGUAGUGCCUCUCCCUCUUCACCUUUUCAGAUCAGUAGAAGGGUAGAAAGCAAUGAAGAUGAGUACAGCACCAAAGUAGAAAGCUUGAAGAAAAAGGAUCGGACAUCUGGAAGUCCACAUGGAAACUUAACCAACAAACAACCUGAGAAAAGAAGAAGCCAUGUGGCACCUAUAAAUAUGCCUGAUGAAGAAUUAAAUGUCCAAUACAUACCCAAAAAGCGCAGAAGUGGAAAUGAAAAUUUUGAUGAACCAGUUUUAAAGAGAAAGAGAGUCUCCUUUGGUGCAAAUUUAAGCCCAGAACUAUUUGACAAGCGUAUGCCACCAUGCUCUCCUCUGCGAAAGGGAGGUACUCCGACACGAGUGAGCACACCAUUUCGUCUUGCACCACGUGCAGUGCUGAAACGUACGUCCAGUAUAGGGAUACACACAAGUGUAAUUCAGGAAUGCAGUGAACAAAGUGAAAAUUAUACAAGUUCUGUAAAGACAAAUAACCCUUCAGCAAAUGCUUCUCCUAAGAAAAGCAAAAUAUCACCUUGCAAGGCGUCUUCGUUAACAACUAGCGCAAAGUCAACUACAAAGAGGUCACCUUCAGUCAAGUCAUCCCUUUCAUUAACCAUCAAACAAUCACCUAGUGUCAAGAAUUCUUCAGCAAAACUGCCCUCCUCUCCUUGUGUUAAGAGUUCACCUGUGUCAAGAAUUCCUUCACAAAAGAAGAUUUCCUCAUCGGAUACCAAGAAGUCUCCUCGUUCCAAAGCAUCAUCUAUUGCUUUGUCUCGUAGGAUGUCCCUUCCAAUCACUGCUGGUUCCUUUGGUUCUCCACAGUUGACUGGGUGUUUCUCCACUUCUCGUGUCGCUACACCUCCCACCCUGCCUCAGUCUGUAAAGUCUCAUAUUACACCCAAGUCUCUCAGUUUGACACAAUUGGAUCCAUCUCAUCGGAAAUCAAUUUCUGGGAAAAAAGCUUCCAGGAAAAGCACCAGAAAAAGUGUUUCACUUCUUGCAGAAAUACAGUCCAGGAGACACAAUGGAGCAUCAGUUGGCAACUUGUUGGUGAAAAAGUCAUGGGCACAAGUAGUGAAGGAAGGAGUAGUAAGACCACAGUUGAGGAAUGCUGCAAAGAAACCUAUUGUAAAGCGCAAACGGGUCAAGAAUGUCACCUCCUUGAAAGUUAUGCCUACUUGUUUAGUGAAAGAUCAUUUUAGUACUGGCCAUGCUGCUUCUCCAGCAACAAUAGUCAUUGGCAAAUUGCAAGCUAACAACGCAAAACUAACUGGACAACCCCCACGUCUAACAAGAAUUGCUUCACUGAGACAGAAGGACAAAGAAAUGGAUGAAAGCUUUACAGGUGUGGCUGAAAUGUUCAGUACUCCCAUGAAUGUAAAUGAGAAAUCAAGUGUAUUUAGGCAAACCUCAGAUAUUGUUGAUGAUGCUCAAGCUGCUUUGGAUGUUCCAAUAUUCCAGAAAGUACUUGAAAACUCUGCUACCAAAACUCCUGAAGAGACUGGUGUAAAGGCUGUUACACCACUAACAAGAAGUGUAAGGCACAAAACAGUUUCGCGUCUAUUAAAAUGUCGAGCUGAUUUGUCACAUACUUCAAUAAGCCCUUCUGAAACCCCAUUCAAGGGAACUGAAACAAGUAGUGAAGCUGAAGACAUUGGAGAUUAUCAAAGAACCAUGAAGAUACCCAGAGUGAAAGGACAGCCUGUGGAUGACAUGGUUGGUGUGAAAAGAAUCAUGAAAACUCCUAAGGUGAAAGGGCAGCCUGUCGAUGACAUGGUUGGUGUGAAACGAAUCAUGAAAACACCCAGAGUGAAAGGGCAGCCUGUGGAAGAUAUGGCUGGUGUGAAACAAAUCAUGAAAACACCCAGAGUGAAAGAGCAGCCUGUGGAAGAUAUGGCUGGUGUGAAAAGAAUCAUGAAGACACCCAAAGUGAAAGGGCAGCCUGUGGAAGAUAUGGCUGGUGUGAAAAGAAUCAUGAAGACACCCAAAGUGAAAGGGCAGCCUGUGGAAGAUAUGGCUGGUGUGAAAAGAAUCAUGAAGACACCCAAAGUGAAAGGGCAGCCUGUGGAAGAUAUGGUUGGCGUGAAAAGAAUCAUGAAGACGCCCAGAGUGAAAGGACAGCCUGUGGAAGAUAUGGUUGGUGUGAAAAGAAUCAUGAAGACACCCAAAGUGAAAGGGCAGCCUGUUGAAGAUAUGGUUGGUGUGAAAAGAAUGAUGAAGACGCCCAGAACUAUAAAGGAACCAAUGGAAAAUUUUGUGGGGCUACAAAAGCUUUUCAUGGAACCCAAACGAAAAUUAGAGAGUCCUGAGAUCAGUUAUGAUGGAAUUGAAAAUAUAUUCUGUGCAGAAAAAGAAAUGGAAAACUGUGAUUAUAGUGGUUUGGGUGAAAUGUUUUCCACACCUGUAAAAUCUGAAAACGUUACUGAUUCUAAGCUUCAGCUUUGUUCAAAAAGUGCAGAUAAAUCUACAUUACUGGACAAAUAUAGUGAUACCCAGACAACUGAAACACCAGAAAGUAAUUUGAUGCAGCUUAUGGAAAAACACAAUGGAGCAUAUAGAAAAGAAACACCAAGAGGAACUGACCAUAAUUCAAGACUGACACCAAGAGUUCAGGCGACAAGGACAAGAGAUGCUCAAGCCAGAUGUACAUCCUCCCCAUCAUCCCAAGAAGUGUGUAUACAACAGUCCCAUCAAGCUGAAACUUUACAAACACUUCCUAAGGAUGGCCUUGUUGAUUAUCCACAGACAGGAAUAGCUGAAGGUAAAGAUGGAGAAUCUUUAACAAACUCCCAAGUAUCACCAGAAACAAAUUUAUUUAAAGAAAAGAAAGCAGAGGAUACCGAUGCAGAAGAAUCAAUAAAAAGUACACCAGGAAAGAAAUCUCCUUGUAAGCAGAUUGAGGAAAUAAUUACAUUCAAGAAAAAGAGAUCAUUGGAGGAAAAGAAUAAAAUUCCGAACAUUCCCAAAGUUGAAUUUGAUACGCCUAAAUUUAAAACAAAGGGCACCGUAAUGAGUAAGAAUGAAUCUCCAGAUAAAAAAGACGAAUUUAACAAUCUGCUUUCCCCAGUUACUAUGUCAUUGAGAAGGAGGAAAAACAUCAAAGAAUCGAAUGAGUUAUUCACACAUAGUAAAAUUGCACCAACUGAUGAGUCUCAAAAUGGACAGAUUUGUGAAGUAAAAGAAAAUGCUUCAGCAGCAAAAAAAUCAUUAAAAGGGAAGGAAAUUCAAAAUGUUCAAGAUAGUAAAGUAAAAAGUCCACCUUCUUCAAAAAUUUCCACACAACAUGAAGGAUCAAUCACUGAAAUUGAAAAAGUCAUGCCCUUAGCCUCAAGGAAAAGACCACAAAGGAAGAAGGAAGCUAAAAAUACCAAAAUUAAUGAUGGGGAAGAAACUUGUGUUGCAAAGGACUCUCAAAGUAAGGGAGCCGAGUGCGCACAAAUUGAACUAGUUAAAUCUCCUUUGGAAAAGUUACCACAAGAAAGGAGUGAAAUUGAAAAUGUUGAAUCUGAGCGAAUGACAAAAAGACAUUUGUUGCCAAAAAUGCCCGUAACAAGUAUGGAUGCUAAUGACCUUGUAGCUGAAGAUGUAAAAGCACCCAUUGCAAUGGGAAGACUACGGCGAAGAAAGAACAUCAAUAUUGAUGAAAUGGAGAUGCCGAUACCACCUAAAGCAACAAAUCCAAGUAAAAGGGCAGCUUGUACACAAGCUGAAGUUUUAAAGGAAUCCAGUAGAUUACAGACUAGUUCAGGAGAUCAAGAAGAAAAUAGCAAAACUAUAGUAAAUUUUGUCCUGGACGGAUCUGUGAGAGAGGAAACAAAGUCUGAAAAUGUGAAAAUACCUAAAAAGGUUAACUUGGCUGGCUCCAAAUAUAGAUCCACAAGACGAAAGAGAGUAUCUGAAGAACUGCUUUCAGAAGAUUUUAAACAGGAUUCUGCUCCCAUAAAGAGAUUGUACAAUGGGGAACAACUGGAUGAAACUCUAACAAAUAAUACAGUACCCCAUGUUUCUAACCCACCAUCUCCGAAUGUGUCGGACAAAGCAUUGGAGAUAUCAGAAGGGAUGUCUAAUGGAAAAGAGGUAUCAAAACGGCCACGCAGAGGAAAAGUUGCAAUAAAGAAAGUAAAUGAACAAGCUUCAAAAGAUUUGGUAGAAACCCUUGGGAAAGUGAUAUCAAAACAUCCAAGCGAUAAAAUAAUUGCUGAUGCAAACGAAUUCCAUGAAUCAGAUGAGCAGCAAAAAGGCAGCCCGAAACAAAAUGAAGCAAGUAUGCCUUGUGAACCACUGUUGAUAAAAAAAGAGAAAAACAAUGAGAGGAAAAGGGAGGAAAUUGAGAUUAAGCAGCAUUCAGAAUUUAUUCCAAAGCUAUCACCAUCACCAAUAAAAAGAUCACUGAGAAAGAAGGCAAGUCAGAAAAUAACUCAAAAUAAAGAAGAAAAUGCAAAUCAAUUAUCUUGUACAAGAAAGUUGAGAAGAAAUAUUACAGAAGAAAAGAUAAAAGCAACUAUUAAUGAUGGACCAUGUGUUCCAGUAAAUAACCAUUCAAGCAAAGAGCAAAAACAUAUAUUGAAUGAAGAGGAAAGUAUCCCUUCAUCAAAGAUGAGGGGGAAAGGCAAGCAAUCAAAGGAAUUGUUGACUAAAAACCAGGAACAAACUGACCAGCAGCAAACUGUGGGCAUAGUUGAUGUACAAUUAUAUACUACAAGUGAAGAUGAACCACCGAGUCAAAAAUUGAACAGCAAAGGUCGUCGACAAGGGAAGACUUCAGCGAAAGGAAUCUCUGCUUGCCUUUCAAAUGUUGAAGAAGAAGAAGCCCAUUUGAAUUCUUCUGCUAAUUUCAGUGAAGUGGCUAAUCAUUCAGAUAAGGCUGAAGCUGCCAGACAAACCAGAUCUUCAAGUAAAGGCAAAGUUAGUAAAGCAGCAGGAGUAACUGAAGUAACAAAUGACAGCAAAGAAACAGACGCAGUGUUGAUUCCUGGAAUUGAAGGGACUGGUCGGCCUAAGAGAAAUAUUAAGAGAGGGAAAUCUGAAAAAGCGAUUGCACCAGAAUUCGAUAUAACAGGUUCCAUUCCAGUUACUGGAGAGGAAAUUGUAGAAAGAAUUGAUAUGUCCAAAAAAGGUUCAAAAGAAUUUCCUCCACUUGAAGAUAGUCAGAAAACAGAAUUGGAUAAUAGAAAGCUGCCUCGCGAUAAAUGUGGUAAAAGAAAAAUUAUGAAAGAUGUUCCAACAUUUGUACAAGAAACUAUCAAGGAAGAACUGCAGAUCAACAAUGAAAUUGUUGAAUCUGUUGAAAUUCCCAGAAAAAGUGGCCGUGGGAUGAUUAAAAGAAGGAAUUUGGCUGGAAGCAAUCAGGAAUUAGUCACAGGUGCAACUGAAAAUAAACAGGUAGAAAAUUCAAUCAACAAAGUUGAAAAUAAGAAAGCCAGAACAGGACGGAGCAGCAAUGUCAAAGAAACUGCUUCAACUUCAUUUGCUCAAGGAGGAAAGGUUCAAGUAACAAGUAAAAGGGCAAGAAGAAAUAAUCUUCAAAAGCCAACAGAUAAUGAUGAGAAUCUUCUACGUGGGGAAGAUGAGACAGAAGAUAAUAGUGGAGAACAAGAGACCAAUAUCAUAUCAACGGACUCUUCACAAGUAUCUAAAAGGGUUACAAGAGCAAAAAAAUCAUCUGAAGCCACUGGAAUGGAACAAAAAUUGCUUCAACCAUUGACUAGUGGAUUGCUUUCACCGGUGUCUGCAAAUCUCUCAAAAAGAACCUUAAGAGGCAAGCCCACUGUUGCAGAAACCACAGCUGAUGUACCUGCUAAGAAAGCUAAAAAAGAACAGUUGACUAGAAAGGAAACGAGCAGUAAAAAGGAAACAAAUCGAGCUACUGCAAGAAAGGUGCUUUCUAUCACACCGCAAACUGCGCAGCCAAAAGGGCGUACUACCAGAUCAAGAAAGUAGAAAAUCCCAGAUGUAAUCUUAUAUUAUUUUACAUAUACUGUAUAUUGCUUAAAUUAUGCUAUAGCUGCAUCAGUCAGUUUUCUAAUUUUUUUGUCCUUCUAGUGCACUUAAGUUGGCACAAAAUUGGUGAACUUCUGAAGCUGCCUAUUUUAGUUAGUGAGGUACACACCAGUCAUUUGGGAAAAUAAGAAUAUAUUAUUGCAAUAUUGGAAUUCUGGGAAAUGUAUGAAUUUUCAUGUAGAAAUUUCUAGAGGGGAUAAAUCUAAAGCUUAUGUCAUUUAAUGAGUAGUAUAUUGAUUCUGAAGAUGCAAGCUCCACCUACAAAAGCUUUUUAUUUUUCUUGCUUUUAAGUAUUUGCAUCAAGUUUUGGAAUUAUAUAAAGAUACAUUUUAUACUCUGGUUCAAAUUUUGUUGCAAAAAAUAAUGACAAUAAAUUUUACA